AAUGUCUGGAGUCAUGGCCCCUGAAAUCAAGCCAGAAAUCUUCUAAUUCUAAUUCUAAUUCUAAGUUUCUUCUGAUUUAGAUUUCUAUUUCUUCGAGUUGAAUAUAGUUAGUUGUCACGAAAACGAUAGGAUGGGGGGCUUCCCGUCUCUUGUUGCCAAAGUUUCGGUUGCGCAGGAAUUUGCGAACUUCGAAAAAGCCGCACGCAGCUGGUUUAGUUCAACUCACGGCGGUCAACUUGUUCCAGUUGAGGAGGAUGAAUUAGUAAACAGAAAAAUCAUUCCUGCGUACCACAAAAACAACGCUAGUAGACUGCUUCCAUCUAUACUAGGUGCAUUCGUGAUACGAGAAAUGGAAAAAGUCAUGAAUUGCGAGGAGGAGGAGAAUGAAAAACCAAUUGCAAAUAAAGGUAAUUUGUUUUGGGAUCCUCAUCAUGAGUGGAAGCAUAGAUACCAGAAAGAGGCGUCAAUAUCCGGAUCCGAUGCCAACGAGAAGAUCUACUUGGACUACCUUUUCGACGCUGAUGGAAGUAGAAAACUACCCAGCGUUAUUGUCUUUUCGCUAUUGUCAAAGAGCACUGGCAAGAAAGAGAACAAAUACAAAUGUAGCCAACAAUUAGUUUUUGAGCGCUCUCUCAUAGAGAGGAAUGUCCAUGAACGCACUGAGAAUGCGAAGAUUGGCGAGCCUCAGAAGGCGUUGAUGUUCUUGACACAGGCGUUUUGGGAACUCAGCAAACGACCCGGAAGUGAGGACAUUGUUUUCUAUGGAGGGGAGUCAGAGUCUGCCUUCACAGAACUUCAUCCAGUAGAACUAGCUGUAUCCGAGUGGGUUUGGCAUGGUGCUGCAGCCACUGGGUUCAUCUUCAUACUAGUGGCUAUCUACUUCUUCUUCUAUCGCAGCGCAGCGGUUGCUGCUUCUUCACCUCCUCGUGCAUGUAGCUUCUUUGCUGGUAGUUCUCUCGAAAACAGUGCAGGAGAUCAUGAUGAGCAGCAUGACAACAAGAACUACGGCUCGACAAGCUCGAAGGACAGCCCUUUCUUGUUCUACUCCGGACGUGCGGACGAUGAUCAUCAUAGUAGUAGCGGCACUGAGCUGCAGGCGUCCUUCUCCUCUACUGCAGCAAGAAGCAACGAGAUCGCCGCUACCUGCGAAGGCGCAACGCGAGUACAUCCAGUGAAGAAACGCACAGGUCACGCUAAGAUCGCAGAUGUCAGCAGUAAGGACGAGCUUAGUGUCGAUGAUGAUCAACUACCAGAUUUCACAUUUGACAGAAAUGAUGCUUCUUCUUCAGUAGUAGGCGCAGAGAAUGGAGAAUGCGAAUGCCAGUCAGCAUCCAUCAUGCAGCGAGCACUCCUGAGUAGGGAGCCGAAGGAGGGUGGUAGCAAGAAGUGUUAAGAAUUCGAUAACGUGAGAUGAAGUUGGGAUGUUUCUACAUCUUGAUUUCCGUGACUGCGGAUGACAGCAGGAGCAGAUGUAAGUCUAUGUGAGACUAUCGUUCCAGCGAUGAAUCUGGUGAUCAUCACAUAUGAUUUUUUCAAAGAUGAACCUUGUAGCUGCUGUUGUACAGGGAUGAAGUUUUCUUGUUUCAACAGACAUGUUGAUGGAGACGACUGAUUUGAUGGUACAGAAGGACAAAUUUGGACGACGUCGUCAACUCAUUCAUGAUGUGCUACCACUUUUUUUAGUUCAUAAAUCUUUUGUGUAUGUCGAUUCGGCCUGGCAGCGGUGCAGCGGACCCUCAACCUUAACCUCCUGCCGAUCCUCAGUUGCUUAAUGCGCAGGGCUGAGUUGGAAGUUCCGCCGAAUCAUCUAAAUCUAGGAUAUGAGGUAGUCGUCGACUACCAUGAGUGCGAAUGUCUAUGUUCUUAUAAAUAUAUUGAUAGAUAUCAGCACUUCUACAGGAGCUAGAUGAACCAUGGUAGCUCACCUUGAUGAUCAAUAAAGGUAGCUCUUGACAUUUGAUGAGCCGUAGAGCUCUAUCCUAUCC